CCAGCUUCUUCUUCCGGAGAAGUAGGAGUUUCCUUCCAAAGAUGGAACUCAAUAUCAAUCCACGAUAUUUGUUUCUUUUCUUAGCCCUUGUCGCUUUGACUCGCGGUUCUCGGAGCCCCUACACAAUCAUGGAACUGAGACAUGAUUGCUCGGAUUCGAACCCGAACCCUUUGAUAGAGAAAGACCUGUGGACCACCGUGGUCUAUCGGUUAAAAGCACCCAUUUUGGAGAAGUGCCAGGGCAAGAUGGACCGGCAAUUCACUUGGCGUUUUCGACUUGAUCCGGACAUGAAGUGUUUGGCCAUGUUGGGAUGCCACGAACUGGACGGCAUGUACGACCAAGUCCUGGGCAAGGAGGUCUUCGACGUGAAUGUGACCGUUAACCGUGUGGUUCGGGAUGAUGUGACCGGGGACCAUGAGCACUUGGACACCUUCCAAAUCACCCAGGAUGGCCAUCAAAAGUUUUACAGUCUCACGGGUGGGGAAUCGAUCCAGAUGAAUCUCCAAUACCGACCUGACGUGGAAGACCAACAAAAGCCUACCGAUUUGCUAUGUUUUGCUUGGUGUAAUGAGGAUUUUGACAAGAAGGCUCCGGUUCGAACCACAACGCCUACCCCGACCACGCCAUCUACCAAUUGGAUUGAGGACAUUGAAAACAGCGCAGAAAUUACGAUGGAUUUGGGGCACAAGAACGAAGAUAUCCAGGUCUCACCCGCCGCCAUCUACAGAAUGACCGAACCCAACGAGAUCUGUCAGGAUGAGCAAUGCCAAAUCAGAUAUUCGUUCUUCUGGUUGGCUGAGAACUCCACAUGUUAUUCCAAGUUCCUUUGCACCAAAAUGGAGGGCCGAGUUUGCGACACGUUCGGGGUCAAGUUGACCCAUGCCAAUGCUGAUGAGUCUGUCAUUCAACAUGACCAGGUUUGCCAAGCCAAGAUGCUGAUCCGUGGAUCUCUGACCACUUCCCAGCGAGCUCACAUCGACCUUUGGUACCAAAAGAAGAACCCCAACUAUCAAGCCGUGUGCUUCUUUUGGUGCACUAAAGAUGGGCAACUACCCAAUCCAGAGAAUGACAACGACAUUGACCACGAGUUGAAAGGACGAAUCGUUCAAGGCCAAUGGAAAACGCACUUCGUUCAACCCCAAGUUACGACAAAGACCAUCCUGAUCUCACCGGUGGCUCAUUAUAACAUCACAGAGCCGAUUACUGGCAACCAAUGCGAUGAAGGCCAAAAAUGCCAAAUGGAAACAGUGUUCCGAUGGAAGGGAUCCAUGCAAUGCCAAGGCAAGUUCAUCUGCUCAACUUUGGGUGGAAACAUUUGCGGCCAAUAUGGAUUGAAGGCCUCUUGCCUGAAAGCCUCUGAGGAUAUUUGCUACGAAGCUCAAACGCAUUCGUUUACCUUGAACAAGGAUGAGACCUUCAGAUUGAAGUAUUGGUACACUAACAGCGCCACUACCAACAAGUUAGUCUGCCAUCUUUGGUGCAAUGAAGGAGGCGAGGAACCGGUUCCUUUGCCCGAGUCAAAUGUUCAAGAAGGUCUCAUUGACACUCUACUUUCUUCGACCCAUCAAGUCCGGUCCAUAGACUUGAAAUCCAAACCAGUGGAGUCAGAUAUAGUCCCGAUCUCUCCUAGUCUCAUCUACAAGUUCAAGAUUGACAGCCAAGGUCCAAAUGAGGAUUGCAGGGACAAGCCAUGCAGGAAAUCCCUUGGCUUGUCAUGGAAACGAGACUUCCAAUGUCAAGCCAGGUUCAUCUGUACUCUGCUCAACAACAACGUGUGCGGCGAUUAUGGUCUCAAUAUUGACAUGGAUGCCAAUUCUGAGCUGGACAAAAGAGGCGAUAUUUGCUAUCGAAAUCGAAUGCAGACCUGGACUAUGAGUCAAGGGCAUAAUUCGACCCUGGAUUUGUGGUGGUACCUGGACACUGAGUUUCAAGCUACUUGCUAUUUGUGGUGUUCCAAAGAUGGAAAUGCGCCAAUGGCUCCCAAAAAUGGUCCAAUCAGUAAGGAAUUGCUACAAAGCUUGGCCAGUGGAGAAACCAAAAUCGUUCAACUGCCUAAUGGCUUCACCAAAGAAAUACCAAGACCAGAAUCAAAGUCUUUGUCCUUCAUCUCGGUCUACAGCUUAAACUUUGGCUUGACCAACAGCAAUUGCGAUCAGAGCAUUUGCACAAAAACCUGGAAGUUACAAUGGAUGGGAGGACACUCGAUCUCGAUGGGUUUCUUCAUAAGCUCUGUCACAGGGUUCAUCGGUGGCAACUAUGGCCUCCAAAUCGGAAACGGAAACUCAGAUGAAGAUUUGGAGGCUUACUUUGUAAACCGGUUUCACGAAGUCAACCUUGAAUCCGGACAAACCUUCACAAUCACUUUGUGGUUUACAGAGGGUAGUUCCUUCAGUUUUCAGCUCUAUACGUGGGCCCAUGCCAACGGCAACUUCCAAAGAGUCCCCGAGAAGAAGCUCGAAAACCAGUUGCUCAUGAAUCUCAUCAAUGGGUCGCUUCAUAUUGAAUCCACUACCUUGGACAAACCUCACGGCGAAGACAUUCUGAACGCAGUAGCAUUUUCCAAGGUCUACCAUUUCAGUAUUACUAGCUCGGAUCUUCAGAUCAAGGACAAGACCCAUUGCCAUGGAGAUCGUUGUCACAUGGAUUACGAAUUCACUUGGUUUGUCAGCCAGAAAUGCUACUCGAAUUUCCUCUGCACCAAACUUGAAGGGAACGUUUGUGGAAGUUACGGCAUUAAUCUCAAAUUUGAGAGCCAAUUCAAGGCAUUGAGCGUAGAUCAACAUGUUUGCUACAACAACCAUAUUUACUCGGACCAUUUGAACUACCAAGACAAACUAGGAGUGGAUUUGUGGUACAUGGAUGGAACUGGAUAUGCUGUCGAUUGUUACUUGUGGUGCACACCUGAUGGAAAACUUCCCACUUCCAUCAACUCUAGGGUGGAUGCGAAUCAAAUAUCUUCCUUGGUUGGCGGUGGUGGAACAUUGUACGAAUUCUCUCUCGUGCCUGGAUCUGAUUCAGGAAAUGCCAAGGCUCUGUCGCCUGUGGUCGUCUACCAGACAACCAUUGGCAAAGUUGACUUCAGCGGGUGCAAGGCUGACAAAUGCUACAGAAGUUUCAUGUUCCAAUCACGAUCCAAAGAAGGCUGUCAAUUCGCUUUUGUAUGUUCCCGCCUGGAAGACCAACCUUGCGGGAAUUUCGGGAUCGAUCUCCAAUAUCCGGCCAUGGGUUCAUCAGUGGAUCAAGUCUGUCAUUCUGGAGCAAUCCACCGAUCAAAUAUGGAAUCUGGAGACACCGCCAAUAUCACCGUAUGGCACAUGGCGGAUGCCAAUGUGGAUGCUCAAUGUUUUGCCUGGUGCACCCCUGAUGGCCAGAUCCCGUUCCUGCCCGAUUCCAAUGGACAAGGAGCGUCAGCAUUGCUCCAAGAUUUGCUGAGCGCCACCGAAAAUGUUGUUGAAGUCGAGUUAAAAGCAAAUCAAGAGUCGUCAACCCUAUCGCCUGUCAACAUUUAUCACUUCUCAAGCCAAACGUCUGAAGUCACUUGUUCAACAGAUGCGGGCAAUGAAGAGAGAUGCUCGAUUUCCAGGAGGUUCACUUCAGUCAACGACAUGCCUUUGAAGCUCUCUAUUAUUUUCAGCCAGUUGGAAGGUAAUGUUUGCGGGGAUUUCGGCAUUGAAGUCUCUCGUGGCAAUGGUGCUAUCUUGGAAAGCACUCGAGACGUGUGCCAACAAGGCCAAAUCAAGGUUUUACGGAUUGGUGAAUAUGACUUCAUAACCGUUACCUUGUGGUUCUACCGCGACUCAUCGGUGGCUUUCUCGGGGUACUUGUGGGCCACAAGUGAUGGCAAACUACCAUCAACUGGCGGCACAACGAAUGACCAGACCUUGCUAUCCAUCGGCAACCGAGAUAAUCAAGUCCAAAUGGUUCAACUCGGUGGGGUUGAAUCCGGCACUACCUCAUUCUCACCCGUCCAGAUCUACCGCUUUUCUUCCAACAAUGACGACAGUAAUUGUACGGAGACGAAGUGUUUGAUGCAUCAUAAUUUUGAUUGGUUGUACUCGGAUGAGAUCUGUUUGGCCAACAUUCUUUGCUCGAAAUUAAGCGGCAAUGCUUGCGGGGAUUUCGGGAUCCGGAUGACGGCCAAGAAUAUGAACUCGAAGCAAUCGCAAAUCAGAGAGAUUUGUUACCCGGAUGUCAUGUAUCAAACCAUAAUGGAGAGCUCAAAGUUACUUGAUGUGGCCCUCUGGCACACAAAGGGGGCUGAGUUCGAGGCCGAAUGCUACCUUUGGUGCAGCGACGAUGGAUACUUACCCGAUGAGCAAUUGCAAGACAACAGGAACGACCUUCUCGUCCAAUCAUUGAUCAACGGCUCAACUCUGAUUCAGACUAUCAGCUUGACCACUAUCCCUAAUGGUCGGGUUGUUUCCCCGGUGUAUGUGUAUCACACAUCAAACGCCAAGAGCACUCUUCCAUCUUGCUUGCACGACCGGUGUUCCGUCUCCUAUUCCUUUACCAACAUGGGGCGUAAACCUUGCCAAGCCUCCAUGAUCUGCAGCUCUCUCAACGGCAACGUUUGUGGAGAUUUCGGCAUGUACUUCAAUGUGGUGAACAGUGAUGCCAAUGGCAAUCCCGAUCCUGGGCCAAAAUUUCAGGUUUGCCAAAAGGGACAACUAUUUAGGACUUCCCUCCCGAAAUCCUCAAGUGUGGAACUGAACUUGUGGUACGACGGAGAUGCGGAUCUUUUGGCUAGUUGCUUCUUUUGGUGCACGGCAGACGGCACCCUACCCCAAAGACAAUCCACCAACUCCAUCAACGACAAUCUCAUUCUUCAAUUGUUGAGAGGCCGAUUUCAUGUCAACAGGAUCCAAAUGGCAUCAUCCAACGAAACCCACUCCGUCUCACCACAAACCGUGUACUUUACGAACCAAACCGCUUCGGACAAGUUUGAUUUCUGCGCCAAUGGGAACUGCUUCCAACGGUACCGAUUCGACUACCACGGAGAAAGUACAUGCACCUCCAAGUUCAUUUGCACCAAAUUGACCGAAAAUAUCUGCGGGGAUUACGGCCUGACCUUGCUCUACUCUCUCCGCAACCAAGGCGAUCAAGUCAAAGAUCUGUGUCACGAAAACGAGCUUAUCGUUCAACAACUCAAUGAGGGUGAAUCAGCAGAGCUGAUCUUAUGGUCUGUUCCUGAUUCUGACUAUAACAUGCAAUGUUACUUCUGGUGCACAAGCGACGGCGAACUGCCUGGUGUCCGACCUCAACCAGAUAGUAGGCUCCUUGAAUCAUUGGUGAAUGGUACUGCAAAUGUCAAGCGAUUUGACUUGGUAGAGGAUGUCUCGACCAAACCAUUAUCACCUGUCCUUGUUUAUUCUACCCUACACGAUUCCACGGACCAAACAGUGUGCUCAACCGACAAAUGUUACCAAUACUACAAGUUCCAAUGGAACAACGACGAACCUUGUCUGAGCAAUUUCAUCUGCAACCAAUUGAACGGUAACCCUUGUGGAGACUACGGAUUGGUUCUGAGUUACUCCAAUGACGAAUCUGACCUUCAAAGCUCAUCUGUUUGCCAUAGAGGGCACACCUACAGACAAGAACUCAAGCCUUUCCAGCACUUAGAUUUGACUCUUUGGUCAGUCGAGAAUGCGACUUUUUCUUAUUCAUGCUAUUUUUGGUGCACCGGUGAUGGUAGCAUUCCAAGAAAGCCUCAAACUUAUACAAUCCAGAGCGAGACCUUGGAAAGCAUCGCCAAUGGUUCCACAUCGGUUCAAACGGUUAAAAUAUUGCCCUCUGAAGACCAAUCACCACUCUAUGUGUCUCCAACAACCAUUUACAAAACCAUCCAAAUGCAGAAUGAUACCUCUGGCUCUUCUUGCCAAGGAGAUAAGUGCCAAUUAACCUAUCGAUUUUCGUGGUUAGGCGAAGAGCCUUGCAAUUCUUCAUUUGUGUGUCACAAACUCGAUGGAAAUCCUUGUGCCGAUUAUGGCCUUCAACUACGCUUUAAUGGCCAAGAGGACAGGGUGCCAGUGUGCUAUGAAGGCCAACUCCAUAUGGGACAGCUGGAUACAAAUGAUUUUAUUGACAUUUCACUUUGGCAUCUUCCCCAUUCAAUUUUUGAUUCCAAUUGUUACCUCUGGUGCACCGACAAUGGAAAACUACCACAACCAAGAAGCACCUCUGAAGCCUAUGAAGACCUUGUCUUGGCCUUUAUGAACGGCUCAAGGACCAUGGAACAACUUAGCAUGUCUCAAAGUGACGCCCCUGACACGAAAUUUGUCUCCCCAAAUAUCGCUUACAAGAUUCAAGAACAAAAUGUCCUGAAUGAACAAGAUAGUAAGGAUACCUCAAUUUCCAAUCGCUCUUUGAAGUUUGGAUGGUUGGGUCAAGAAACCUGUUACGCCCAUCUGCUGUGUUUGGUUUUGGAUGGAAACAUUUGCGGCAAUUACGGACUGAGCUUCAGUGUCAAUGGGCAAGAUGAACCAGUUUGUUAUGAAAGAGAGAUCUUGGAAGGAACCAUGAACCAAGAAGAAACGACCGAGAUCUCCUUGUGGCACGCCAAUAACGCGGAAUUCGGGACAGACUGUUAUUUCUGGUGUACAACAGAUGGUGACAUUCCAAAUCCUGAACCUGAUACGACCAAGAACGACGAGCUUGUCGCUCAAUUGAUCGAGCAAACCAAUCCGGUUAAGAAACUGGAAUUGUCUCUUAUUGAAGACACAACUCUAACCAUCUCCCAAGUGAAUGUGUAUGAGCUCAAUGUGGUCCAAAAUAGUUUUGGAACAUGCAAAGAGGAGGAUCGAUGUAAAGCUACCAUCCAACUAGACUGGCUCGCCAAAGAACCAGAGCAAUGGAACUUCAUUUGCACCAAAUUGAAAGGCAACAUCUGCGGCGAUUAUGGAGUCCAAAUAAAUGAAAACGACGGCACACCCAUAGAUAUUUGCUAUGAGGGCGAAAUCCAUAAAGGCCGAAUGAAGAGUCCCAGUUCCUUGAACAUUUCCGUUUGGUUUGCGCCUGAGGCUCUCUACGAGGUUCGAUGCUAUUUCUGGGCCACCAAAGAUGGUCAUUUGCCCAAAACUAUAUCCAAGGGCAAUAACAACGAAGACAUUAUUCAGGCUCUGGUUCAAGGCAGUGACAUCUUGAGAGAAGUGAGAAUUGGAGCACAAGAGACCACAUCGAGUUCUCUCUCGACAGCUUUUGUCUAUCGCUUAUCAGUGGAUAGCUCUGUCUUCAAAGCAGACCCGUCUACUUACCAAGAUGGCACAUGUUCCCACUCAUUCACCUUCAACUAUCAUCGGAACCAUUUGUGCCACCUUCACUUUAUUUGUCCCACCUUGGGAGAAACAAUUUGCGGUGAUCACGGAUUGGAAUUGGAGCAUUCAGGCUCAACCCAAGACGUCUGCUAUCAGGGUCAAGUGUAUCGCGAGGAUUUGGAACAAAGCGACUCUCUGGAAAUUGAAGUUUGGUACAGACGAGGCAUUGAGCUUCAAGCCAGUUGUUACCUAUGGUGUGCUCAAGAACCGGAUUCUCUUUUGGUAGUGGAUAACAUCGAAGAGGAUGAUACAGUUCUAAUGCAAGUGAUCAAUGGAAGUACCAGAGUCAAACGGAACGUUGAAGAUUUCGAAGGACAAGAUCAAAUCAUCUCGCCCAAUAUGAUCUAUAACAUAGAUCUAACGAAUGACAUGUUUGACAAUUCCUUGGAGGGUCAACAAUCUUAUGAUUACACGUUCCAAUGGUUCGGAGAUGAGACCUGUGUCGCUUCGUUCAUGUGCAGCGAGCUUACGGGGCACACAUGUGGAGAUUAUGGAUUGGAAUUGACCUCUGGCAAUGGAACUGAAUCAGACUACUGCUAUCCCAAAGAUAGGCGUCGAGCCCAUCUAAGUUAUAGAGAACGAGCACGGAUCACUUUGUGGAGGAUGCCCGAGGCCGAAUUUGGACUCAAAUGUUUCUUUUGGUGCACUGGUAAGGGAACACCACCCACUUUGGAUCAGAAUAAUGAGUCGGUGAACCCACAAUUUAUCGAUGAAAUGAUUAACUCCGCUCUGAUGGUCAAGAUUGAUUUGGAAUCUUCUUCGUUGCAAGACCAUUAUCUCUCCCCCGUUAAUAUCUACCAAGGACAACUGACCUCUGAUAACCUUCCAAAAUGCGAAGAGGAUAAAUGUCGAGCAUCAUAUCAAUGGAAGUAUGCCUAUCCCAAGGAUUGUCACUUCAAGCUCGUUUGCACUCUUCUCUCCGGGAAUCCUUGUGGAGACUUCGGAUUGGAAUUAGUCGAUGAUUCGUUGAAUGAGAUUCAGAUAUGUAGUGCAAACUCAAUCUACAAAACCACGUUGAAAUCAGGCCAAUCUCUGGACAUAAACAUGUGGUGGAUCUCUCAAGCCGAGUUUGAGACCAAUUGUUAUGCGUGGUGCUCACAUCGAGGAUCUCUUCCUGCCACCAAUGGAGAAGACACGGAGUUAGACGACAUGAUCAUGGAGAAGGCGAUGUCUGGCAGCUUGAAACUAGAAUCCACAAACUUAUUGGAGACGGCUUUGGAGCCUCAAGUGAUCUCAUUUGGCGUGGUUUAUCAUUUCAAAGUCGAUGGAAGUGUUCUCGUAAACGAGGAAGGUAACCUUGUUGAACGUUCUCGGGACUUCUUGUGGCUUGGAGAGGAAAGAUGCCAGGCUUCCUUGGUGUGUUCCAAGAUGAAUGGGAACACGUGUGGGUCUUAUGGUCUUUCGGUCAAAUAUGGAGACUCUGAAGACAACAUCAAUAUAUGCUCUUCUUCCAAAAUGGUCUCGGGAUUCUUAGAACACAAUCAGAAGGCCACCAUCGGCUCGUGGAAUAUCGCGAAUACUCAAGACAUGGAAAUGACGUGUUUCUUUUGGUGCAAUCCAAAUGGAACUCUCCCUAUGAUCUCGUCUGAUAGUGAGGGGGGAGAUGAGCUGAUCGAAGAACUUGUCAGCUCCACCCAUAACGUUAAAGACAUCAUCUUGACCAAUGAUCUGAAACAAGGCUCGCUUUCCUCAGCACUGAUUUAUCACAUAACCGGAAAAGAGCAAGAGUUCCAGGACUGUUCCACUGUCAAAUGUCGAAUGGCUUUCCGCUUCCAAUAUCUCGCGAGCAGUUCUUGUGACUAUGGUUUUGUUUGCAGUAGCAUGAAGGGAAAUCCUUGUGGAUCUUAUGGUAUCAAGCUGAAGCCCUUGAACGAGGACCAGACACCAAUCAAUGUUUGCCAUGCUGGCCAAGUUGCUCUUGGGACCUUGAGGUUUCAAGAGGAGCUCGAAGUGAGAUUGUGGCACAACCAUGAGAUCAAAGAGAACCCAACUUGUUAUUUCUGGUGCACGGAAGAUGGUUCCUUACCACAAGCUAGAGAUGCAUGGUCCAAACCCGACGACGGGAUCCUUUCAGAACUGACAAGUGGAACAUCAAAUACGAAGAUCUUGGUCAUCAACGGAAAUGGAUCCAGUCAAGCCUUGGCACCUAGUAACAUUUACCAGGUUCACGUUGAUGUGCCAAAAUGCUCGCAGGAUAGAUGUUCCGUUUCCGAGUCUUUGGAAUGGUUUGGGGACCAGACAUGCCAAGCUAAGUUGCUUUGUUCCAAUCUGAAUGAAAACGCGUGUGCUGAGUUUGGACUCAAUCUGAGAUUUGGACAUUCAAAAACACUUAAAGUGUGCCAAAAUGAUACCAUCUACCAAGCCAGUCUGACUUAUCCCGAGAAGUUGGACUUGGAAUUCUGGUAUGUCGGUUCUGCCAACCCUGGUGUAUUCAAUUGUUACUUUUGGUGCACUAUGAAUGGGAGUCUUCCACAAACAAUUUCUGGAAACAAAGCAGAAGAGGAGCUCAUUGGGGCUUUGAUCAGUGGAGCUAAAAAUGAGCGGAAAGUCUCUUUCGGACAAAGUGGUUCCGGCAAUGUCUCCAAUGUGAUCAUUCCACUGGCCCCCAAUUACAUCUAUCAAGUCAAUGCCAACAGCCUCGAAAUCAACCAUAACUCCAACGACACCCAAAAAAAUAUCACGAGUCUCUCGUUUGGUUGGCUUUGGCCCAAAACAUGUCAAGCUCGUUUCGCCUGUCAAACCUUGAACGGGAAUCCUUGUGGCGAUUACGGCCUGAAGAUAUUCACUUCGAAUCAAAACCAUAGCGUUUGUCAAGCUGGUGACAAGUUCAAAGACCAACUAGACUUUAAUGAGAUCCUUCAGCUGAGGUUAUGGUACAUGAGUGAGGCCCAAUUCGAUUUCAAGUGCUUCCUUUGGUGCACUGAGAAUGGACAACUGCCCGAAGAUAAACCCUCGGCCACGGUCAAGAAAGAGCUGAUUGUGAAAAUUAUGAAUGGUUCUGAGAUCACCAAACAAGUGACUGAUGAAGACACGCCAGUAGCACCCAGCACCAUCUACAAAGCAAUUGGAAAUUCGUCCCAGUUGCAGGUUUGUCAGGAGACAACAUGUUCCAAGACUUUCAAAUUCACUUGGUAUGGAGAUGCCAUUUGCCAAGCCAAAUUGGUUUGUCCAACUCUUACCGGGAAUACUUGCGGAGACUACGGAAUGAGCUUGACUUUCCCCGACAAUCAACUAAAGGUUUGCCAAGAAAGCUAUCUCUACGAAGGAGACUUGACCACCAAUCAAGGCCUGGAACUCGAGUUGUGGUACUCUCAAAGCAGUCUGUUCACCUACGAAUGCUAUUUAUGGUGCACCGAGAAUGGCGUGGUUCCCCAACCUCAUCAUGACAGUCAAGACUCUUCGGUCCAAAUAUCCACCUUGGUAAAUGGCUCUUCAAAUACGGAAGUUCUGGAUAUCACUCAAAGUAAACCAGUAAUUGUGUCGACCUCUAAAAUCUACGCCGUGGGUUUGAACUCGAAAUCCCUGGAGACUUGUGACACCAUCAAGUGUUGGCUAAGCCAAAGGAUUGAGUACUUUGGAGACGAACCGUGUCAGACCCAAUUCGUGUGUCCAUUGUUGUCGGGAAGUCCUUGUGGAGAUUACCAAUUGACUCUUCAAUUCCCCAACCACUCGCAAUCAGUUUGCCACGAGUCCACCAUUUAUGACGGGGUCCUGGAAUUCAACACUGAUUUGGAGCUGUCACUUUGGUACACGGAAUCCGCUCAAUUCGACUUGUCCUGUUACAUGUGGUGUUCAAUCAACGGUCAAAUCCCAACCACAACCUCUUCCCAGGCAUCCGAUCAAAGUGAUUCAACGAGCUCUUUAAUUACGGAUUUGAUCAAUGGGAAUGAGACUUCGGAAACUCUGGAUCCGCCCAUGGAGAACGGAGACUCCACCCCGUUGUCACCCACUGCCAUCUACCACUUUAAGCUCAAUGAGUCAGAUUUGCCCCAAUGUCAGGAUCAAUUAAGAUGUGAUGCCCAUUACCAAUUCCAAUGGUUGUGGGAGGAACCCUGUCACGUCAUGUUCGUUUGUAAUCAGCUGACCGAUAAUAUAUGCGGUGACUAUGGGCUAGAGCUGGAGCAAGCUGAUGCCUCUGAAAACCGAGAGAUCUGCUUCCCGCAACGGAUCUAUGAAUCCCAGCUCGGUUUUUACUACAAUCUCAAGGUGUCCUUCUGGUACUUACAAAAGGCAAAAUUCAAUGUCGAGUGUCACUUCUGGUGCGCUCAUGAAGGCUCGACUCCAGCCAAGCCUGGUCCAAACUCGACCAUCGAACAAGAAACUGUGGAUGCGUUGAUGGAGGCUACGACUAAUAUGAGAAAAUUGGAAUGCUCGGUUGGCAUGAAUGAUACCGUCCCAAUGGCUGCCAACAAGGUGUACAAGAUCAAGCAAUCUCCAAACACCUUCCCGAAGUGUUCAAACGAUAGCAAAUGUUCACUUAGUCAUAAUUUCGCGUGGCUCAACCCAGACACCACUUGCAACUUCACAAUGGUUUGUGGCGAGAUGACCAGCCAACCUUGUUCCAACUAUGGUCUAACGAUCAAAAGAUCCGAGGAAGAUCAAGAGGCCAAGAUGUGUCAUGCGAACGAGAAGUUUUUCUUCCAACUCAGAAGUGGACAGGUAUUGAACUAUAAACAAUGGUAUGUGGGGACGUGGAAAGCUUCAGUGACUUGUUAUGCAUGGUGUACAUCCAAUGGAAAAGUUCCGACUAGAUCGUUUCCUGGAACUGUGGAUGAAGGAUUAUUUGAGUCCAUGUUGGAUCGAGAAGAGAUCAUCAGUCAAAUCAGAAUUCCGUCCACUAAGUCCAGCGUCAGAAUUAAUCCUAACAAGGUGUACCAUAUCAAGCAAGGAUUGCAAACCUGCCAAGAAGGCGCUAUCUGCCAGUCUCAACUCAAUUUCCGAUGGGAUGGUCCGGUGAAUGGUUGCAAUGGUACCUUCAUUUGUCCCAAACUGAAUGGUCAUCCUUGCGGGGACUAUCAGAUCUCUUGGCGACCCAAUGGAUCAAAUACAUCAUACCAGGCUUGCGAAGUGAAUCAGGCACAAAACAGUUACCUUGAUCCAGGACAAAGGGCUCAUGUGAAUUUGUGGUAUACGUCUCGGUCUAGUCAGGAGUGGGAGUGCUUCUUCCAAUGCAAAGAAAACAGAAGGACCACGGAUAAAUGUGAUUGUGGAAGAAACAAUGUCAAAAAAAGACGCGAGGAGGAUUCGUCUUAUCCUUGGCAAGUCCAGAUCAUUCGACAAGAACGUGAUGGUUUUGAAUUCGUUUGUAGCGGGGCUCUUGUCAGCAAGAACUCGGUGAUCACCUCAGCUCACUGCUUCGGUUCUUGUCCUGAGAGUAUUCUAAAGAAUGGCACCAAUGCGUUCAAGGUUGUCAUCGGCAAGUCCCGGAUGAGCGAUCCCAAAGAUAAUGAAGUCAUCUCCAAUAUCAAUAGCCUGUAUAUCCAUCCCAAAUUUCAAUUGCAACCCACUAGAAAGAGGUAUUUCCAUCCUCAAUACGAUUUGGCCAUCGCCAUCCUAGAAGAAUCCGCCACUCGAUCGAAACCAAUCUGCUUGCCAAUGGAUGAGCAUGAUCAUAUGGAUCUGAACCAAACCAUGAUGGUUGGUUGGGGUGCCCGAAACGCCGAUCAAGGAUGUGGCUAUGCCUGGUUCGAUAAGCAAAGCAAUGAAUGGCUUCACACUCCAUCCAAAGUCAUUUACUCAGACGAAGUCAGAGGUGUCCCCAUGGUGCUUCACAAACCCAAUCGAUCCAUCGGUCCCGAUGUGGUUUUGGGACAAGUCAAGUCUCGAGCAGACAUGAAUGAAUUUGGCUCUUGCCAAGGAAACAGUGGAUCGCCGUUGAUGACUCGAAGUCCCAAUGGGAAGCUUUCCUUGGUUGGCAUCGCUAGUUUUGGAUCGCCAAGUUGUGACCCAAAUGAACCAGUGGGCUUCAUCAAGAUUGCUUAUAAUAUCAAAUGGAUCGAGGAGAUACUUGGCCGACAAUGCCCUUGAAGAAAUAUAAGUACAAAUUAAUGUUACGCCCAACGGCACGGGGUAGUGUCUCUAUUUCUAACUGAAAUCCGGACUCUACCUUGUCCCUAAAAGAUUUAUUGCACUUAAAAUAAAAUUAGCACAGGAAUAUGACAGAAGA